UUCCUUUUUUUUUCUAUUGCUAUGGACGCUGUUUUGCCAUCGUCGCUCGGAUUUCGUGUCGCUGCAGUGUUGCCUGCUGGCGGCUCUGGGACGCGUGUCGGCACUGCGACGCCCAAACAGUUCUGGCCCAUCAAUGGAAAGCCGCUCUUGUUUUACACCUUGGAAGUGUUUGAGAGCGUUCCGUGGCUCGAGAGUAUCGUCGUACCCGUGGCGCCGGAUCAUCUCGAGUCGCUGAAGCAGGAUGUCCAACACUGGGGCUUCAAGAAAACGCACAUUGUGCUGGGUGCCGAGUUUCGCCACAGUUCCAUUUACAGUGGCAUCAAAGCGCUUCUGCCGACAUUGGGCAGCGUACAGUCGAGCACGUCAUCACCGCCAGAUGUGGUUAUUGUUCACGACAUGGUGAGACCUUUUGUGGACGAAGAUACCCUUCGCCAAGUGGCUCAAGCUGCUCAAGACCAUGGCGCGGCAGGUACCAUUCUUCCCUUGGUGUCUACCGUGAUCAUGGCCACGCCUGAUGGGUUUCUCGACCAUUCAUUGGAUCGCAACAAGUACCGCGCAAGCCAAACACCCCAAGCAUUCAAAUUCACCGUGAUGGCCGAGGCAUACGCGAAGUGCACUUCGCAUGAUUUCGAGUUUGGUACCGAGUGUCUGCAUCUUGCGCAGCAGUACGCUGGAACCCGUGCAAAGUUGAUUGAAGGAACGCCUAUGCUCUGGAAAGUGACCCACAAACCCGACAUCUACGCGGCCGAGCAAAUGAUCAAAGAGCGCCUUCGCAACGUUGCAAUUGUUACGGGCGCCAGCCGUGGAAUUGGCGAAGCGAUUGCUGUGGCGCUCAGCAACAGAGGCAUGCGCGUCGCAGUGGUUGCACGUCAUGAGCAGCCUCUGUUGGCCGUGGCUGAGCGCAUCAAGGGUCUGGCCAUUGUUGCAGAUGUCUCAAAGCCCGAAGAAGUACAUCGGGUGUUCCAGACCGUGAUCGAGAAGUGGGGUCACGUUGACGUGCUUGUGAACAACGCCGGAGUGGCUGCACGGGUCGAGAUUGACAACAUGAGCGAUGAGGCCUGGUUUGAGCUGCUGCAUGGCAAUCUGAGCUCGACGUUCUAUUCGUCUCGAGCUGCAAUGUCUGCUAUGAAGCAUGCUGCUCGCGGAGGCGUCAUUAUUAACAUUGGCUCAAGUUCUGUGAGCGGCGGGCGCGUUGGCGAGGGUGCGUAUUCGGCUACCAAAGCGGGCAUCCAGUGCUUGACUGAAACGCUGGCACUGGAAGGCAAGCCACACAACAUUUUCGCGUACACGGUUGUGCCGCGACGAACCGCGACCGAGCUACGCCGAGCGCUCUAUCCAGAUGAGGACCCCGCAACCUGCUUGCUCCCCGAAGAGGUCGCGCACAUGGUUGCAUCUGUUGCCACUGAAUGGCAGCCUUAUCUUUCUGGGCAUGCCUUUUGGGUCAAGUAGCGCUCCUGGUCGAGUGUCUCAGCGCACAGUGUUUGUAUCGGGGUUUUUUUUCUUGGUUCCACUCCACACACUUGCUCCCGCCAUUUUGUGUAUCUCUGAGCAUGAGAGAUGCAGUUCUUGAGAGCUUGAACGCAGCCCUUCACGAUUACAAUACACUAGAUCCACAUACAAAGCGACUCUUUUGCCUCGAUUCUCGCCCUCGUGCAUUGCCAACUCCAUCUCCA